UUCGCAAGAAGGGCGGAGAGCGCGCGCGCAGGUGCAGCCAGCUUUUCCCGCAGGUGUAGCACUGACGUCAGACGGACUGAUUGAAAGCAUUCGGACUAAGAUUUGAAGGUGCAAGUUUAUACCCUAAGGUUUCUGACUCUUCAAUAGUACAUGUGCUAGUAGGGAAAUGGGAAAGAAGAAGGAAAACGACACGUCCAAUCCGUAUGGUGAGCCAGCCAAAUAUGAUCCAUCCUUCAAUGGACCGAUCCACAACAGGAGCUGCACAGACAUUAUCUGCUGCAUCCUUUUCAUGGCAUUUAUCCUUGGGUAUAUAGUGGUGGGAAUUCUUGCCUGGCUGUAUGGAGACCCUCGACAGGUGGUCUAUCCACGAAACUCCACAGGUGUCUACUGUGGCUUUGGAGCAAACACAGGGAAGCCAUAUGCAUUUUAUUUUGAUAUCUUGAAGUGCAUCUCUGCAACCAACAUCAUGGCAGCAGCACUGAAUGGUUUUCAGUGUCCAACCACACAAGUGUGUGUUGCUUCCUGUCCUAGUUCUUUUGGUAUUGUGAAUGUAGCAGCCCUCGCUACUGCAAAUGUUCAGAGUACUUUCAAUCAAACAUACUGCAACCCAUCUAUAAACUUAACUACUACAAGUCUAUCAGCAAAAGAUAUUUUGGCAAAAGAGCUGUGUCCUUUUUACUACGUCCCCAGUACUCCAGUUUUGAAUCGGUGCCUUCCAAGUUUUGGGGAGCUGAACAGUAUUCCAAGUAACUUCUCACUUAAUGGAUUAUCAACCAAUAAUACAGGGAACUUGAUUAAAAAUGCAACAAGUAACCUAGUAAGUGGAAUGAACCUCCAAGACAUUAGCAUGAAGAUUUUUGCUGACUUUGCUCUGUCCUGGUACUGGAUUCUAAUUGGCUUGCUCAUUGCCAUGAUCGUCAGUCUUCUCUUUCUGAUACUGCUACGCUUCACUGCGAAAAUUCUCAUCUGGCUUCUCAUUAUUGGAGUUUUGGGAGUCAUCGCAUAUGGCAUCUGGCAUUGCUAUUGGGAAUACAAUAACUACAAUACACAGAAUUUAUCCAUAAACCAACUGGGCUUUACUACAGACUUUUCAGCCUACCUGCAUGUCAAGGAGACAUGGCUGGCUUUUUUGAUCAUUCUUGCCGUCCUUGAGGGCAUUUUGCUUCUGCUCUUGAUCUUCCUGAGGAACCGAAUUCGUAUUGCUAUUGCUCUCAUCGGGGAGGCCAGCAAAGCAAUCUCCUAUAUAAUGUCAUCCCUGGUCUACCCUCUGGUGACAUUUGUUUUGCUAAUUAUUUGUGUAGCUUACUGGGUCAUCACUGCACUAUACCUGGCAACAUCUGGCAGUCCACUUUAUCGUAUAGUUGCAUUGAAUACAAGUGAUCCUGGAUGUUAUAAUAUAUCUGGAAAUGACACUUGUGAUCCUACGAAUUUUAAUACAUCAUCCUCUUCGUGUCAGAGUGUCAGAUGUAUAUUCUACAAAUACAACAACGAGGGUCUGUUCCAGCGUAACCUGUUCAAUCUACAGAUCUACAAUAUCAUAGGCUUCCUGUGGUGCAUGAAUUUUGUCAUUGCUCUGGGACAGUGCACAAUUGCUGGUGCCUUUGCUUCCUACUAUUGGGCCUUCCACAAGCCAGCAGACAUGCCUUAUUUCCCAGUAACUGCAAGCUUCAUGAGGGCACUCAGGUAUCAUGUUGGAUCCCUUGCAUUUGGAGCUCUCAUUUUGACCAUUAUUCAGCUAAUCCGUGUCAUCCUCGAGUAUCUUGACCACAAGUUAAAAGGUGCUGCCAAUCCAUGCACACGAUUCCUUUUGUGUUGCCUAAAGUGUUGCUUCUGGUGUCUGGAAAAAUUCAUCAAAUUCCUCAAUAGGAAUGCUUACAUUAUGAUUGCAAUUUAUGGCAAGAAUUUCUGUGUUUCCGCCAAAAAUGCAUUCUCCCUCCUAAUGAGGAAUAUUCUAAGAGUGUUUGUUCUGGAUAAAGUGACUGAUCUGCUGCUCUUCUUUGGCAAGCUUUUGGUUGUAGGAGGAGUUGGUGUUCUGGCAUUCUUUUUCUUCUCUGGCAGAAUCCAGCUUCCCAAUAAUGUCUUUCAAGCUGGAAACCUCAAUUACUAUUGGGUGCCAAUCAUCACUGUGAUUGUUGGUUCCUACAUGAUCUCCCUGGGCUUUUUCAGUGUUUACAGCAUGUGUGUCGACACCUUGUUCCUUUGUUUCUUGGAAGAUUUGGAACGUAAUGAUGGCUCUGCUGAGAAACCUUAUUUUAUGUCCAAGUCGCUUAUGAAGAUCCUGAACAAGAAGAACAAACAGCCAAAGGAAAAGAAGUGAUGGAAACCACUUUUCUUCACUUAGUUUAUAAUAUGAACAGAUUUAUCCCACUUUUUACUUCUUCACUGGCUUUACCUUGUACGUAAGAUUCUUUCUUUUUGGUAAUGAGAACCAAUGUGUCCACUAAAAAAUGGUGCCCAUGUCAAGUUUACAUUUGGAGAAGCGAUUCCAAAGACUGAUCUCUUAUUUCAAGAUGUAAAAAUGAGAAGUGGUUGAAGAAGACUUUUAAUGUUGUCUUUUAAGCACCUAGAUCAGAGUGAAUCUCAAAAGUGCAAUCUGUGUUAAUAACAGACAAACCACUCUACAGUUUUUUUAAAUCUCUGUAAACACUGAAAAUGUGUCUUUCAUAUUUUAGCAUUGUAUCACAGCUGGCCUUCUAGUAUUUUGCUGCACUGGAUGUGUCAUAGAUGUGUAUGUGACCACUAUAAAUUUCACACUAAAUUUUAUCUUAACUAAUCUAAACUGCUCAUUUAAUUUUAAACCACAUUAUUGUUUUUUUUGUUUGUUUGUUUUUAUGUUGGCAAAUCCCAGCCCUCUGUUGACUCGGAGGCACACUGCACUGCUUUGUUGCCUUAGCUGUCUUGCUAUCUUAAAUCUAAGUACGUCUGUCUUGUUUGCAGCAAUGACAGAAUUUACUUAUUUAAAGUGGAGACUGAACCAUUUUAUUUUUGCUGCUACUUCAAUGGUGUGUAAUGAAGUCAUAUCUAUCACUAGUUCCUUGGAUCAAGAAACUCAAGGAGCACACAAAGAACUGAUUACAUUAAAUGCAUUUUAAAAAAUGAUGCACAUAUAGACAUAAUGAAUAAGAAGAAAAGGGAAAGAAGGAGCAAUUCAAACAUGCUGCACUUUAAUGCUUGGAAUUAGGGGUCGGGGAGUUUGCACUGUACAUAUGAGACUCAUAUGAAGUCUUAAAGUUUUCUGCUUUAUGGCUGAGAGCCUGCGGUUCCAAGCCACACAGUCACAGUGAACAAUGCUGUACCUGGUAAUUCACUUUGCCAGUAUAUACUGUAUGUGUCACGUUUUUUAAUGAUUUGAAAAUCUACUGUAUGACUGUUUUGUCCUUAAGUGAUUUUUAUAUUAUAUACAUUUAAAGUGCCUAAUAUUUGUAGUUUAAACAUUUUUGGAAUAUUAAUUAGUUCAUGUAAAAGCAAACUACAAAAAGUAAGUGCCUUUUGUGAAGAUGCUUUAAGUAGCAUCUCAAAUGGAGUGGUCUGGGACUAUAAAACAAAAACAUGCCUUAAUUUAUGUGGAGAUUAAUGUGUUAAAGUACAUAUUUAGUGCCUUUCUAAAGCUGGGGUGUUAUAUGGAUGGUUUUAAUUGUUAAAAAUUUUCAAAAUUAUUAUCCAUUUCUUUUAUACAGUUUAACAGGCAAAUGCAUAUCCAUUUACGCUUUGCCAUUAAAUGUCUCAAUUAUGUCACCAUCUGGCUGUUCAGGAGCCAGUUUUAGAUUUCAGAUAAUUUUUUAAGGUAACUUUUGUUUGUUUUAAGUAAUGGCUUGUUUGUGGAAGUCUAAAUUGUAUUCAACCCUAAAGCAGCAGAGGUGUUCUCCAUGUUAGGGAUUGAGCAACCAGUACUGUACGAGAGUCCAUUUGUGAGUACAAUAUCUAAAAAAGUGCGAGUGUAAAUCACCACUUGAAUGUUGCGGCUCUACCUCUGCACUUGUUAAUUUCUCAUGAUGGGAUUACAGUCGGAUGACAGAAAUGGCACUAUUAUGUCUGUUUCAUGUUCCAAGUUUUGCCAUAUCUUUGUUUAUUGCAAAAAAAAAGUCUAUAAUCUGAUAACAUAUUUUAAAUACUUUAUGUAAAUAC